AAGCAGUAUUAUCGCCAUUUCUCCGGUGAUACAGCAGUGCUGGUGCGAGGAAGAGGAUGUCUCUGUCAAGCUGGCCGCGUUCUGAACAGAAGCUAUACAGAGAUAUGGACUACCACUACACCGGGCCUGUGGAGCAGCGCUUCAACCCCUACACCUUCAACGGAGGGACGGUUCUGGCUCUUGCAGGGGAAGACUUUGCCAUUGUUGCAUCAGAUACCAGACUCAGUGAGGGGUAUUCAAUUCAUAGCCGGGACACUCCAAAGUGCUACAAACUGACAGACAAUACAGUUAUCGGCUGUAGUGGAUUUCAUGGAGACUGCCUCACACUGACCAAGAUAAUUGAAGCUAGAUUAAAGAUGUACAAGCACUCAAACAACAAGACCAUGACGAGCGGAGCUAUCGCAGCAAUGCUUUCCACAAUCCUUUACUCAAGACGCUUCUUUCCUUACUAUGUGUACAAUAUUAUUGGAGGCCUCGAUGAAGAAGGUAAAGGAGCAGUGUACAGCUUUGAUCCAGUAGGAUCCUACCAGAGGGAUGCAUACAAGGCUGGUGGUUCGGCGAGUGCAAUGCUUCAGCCCCUUUUAGAUAACCAGAUUGGACACAAGAACAUGCAAAAUGUGGACCGGCUUCCACUGACCCUGGAGAAGGCACUACAACUUGUGAAAGAUGUAUUUAUUUCUGCAGCGGAAAGAGAUGUGUACACAGGAGAUGCCCUGAAAAUCAGCAUCGUUACCAAGGAUGGCAUAAGAGAGGAGACUGUUUCUCUCAGAAAAGAUUAAUUCACUUGAUUUUUGGUAACCUGAUACUUAUGUAACCUUUUUCUUUAUAAUAAAAAAAAUGAUCUCUGAGAAGA